AACGUCGUAAAUCUUGGUAGGCUUGAGCCGUACGGCAGAAACGGAUAGUUUUCCUCCGAGGGUUUCCCAACGUGCAGUCCAGGACUCGCGACCGCAGGAAAAAUGAACUUAUCGUAUUACGAGAUGUCGGCCGCGUGUCCGAACCCGUACGUAGGUGGACUCUCGAUGGCCGAUGUCUGCGUCGCGUCGCCCGUGACUUAUCUCCUCACCGCGUUCAACACGAUGGCUGCUGUCCAUCCGGUCGUCAACGAGCCGUGCAACCAUGUCAAGCCUAUUUCGAGACCGAGCGGCACUUACGACUUCAUCGUCGUCGGAGCUGGAGCAGCCGGGCCGGUCGUGGCCGCUCGACUGAGCGAGGUCGACAAGUGGUCGGUGCUGAUCGUGGAAGCUGGACCGGACGAGGCACCCGGCAUGCAGAUACCGAGCAAUCUUCAGCUCUACCUCAACACGGACAUGGAUUGGAACUACAAGACCAAAAACGAGAAGUACGCCUGCCUGGAAGACGGCGGCAGGUGUAGCUGGCCGAGGGGCAAGAAUCUCGGCGGGUGCACCGCUCAUCACGGUAUGGCUUACCAUCGCGGCCACAAGGAGGAUUACACCAGAUGGGUGAAAAUGGGGGCCGAGGGAUGGUCGUGGGAAGAAGUAUUACCGCACUUCAUAAAGUCGGAAAACAACAAGGACAUCGACAAGUUCGUCAACAAACGGUAUCAUGGCUAUGGCGGUCCGAUGACGGUCGAAAGAUUCCCCUGGCAGCCGCAAUUCGCCGGGGACGUCCUCAAGGCGGCGGAACAGCUAGACUUUGGCAUCACCAACGACAUGGUGGGCGAGAAAAUCACGGGCUUCACCAUAGCUCAGACAAUCAGCAAAGGCGGCGUCAGGCUCAGCUCGUCCCGAGCGUUCUUGUGGCCGAACCGGGACCGUAAAAAUCUACAGGUACUUGUGAACGCGACCGCGACGAAGAUCCACACGAAGAUGGUCGGGAAGCAAGUCAAGGCCAGUGGGAUCACGGUCGUUAUGAAAAACGGACAAUCGUACAGGGUGAACGCGAGGAAGGAAGUGAUUCUCACGGCCGGCGCCAUCAAUUCGCCACACCUUCUGCUACUAUCGGGCAUCGGGCCCAAGAGACACUUGGACACGAUGGGCAUCAACACGGUCGUCGAUCUACCGGGCGUCGGCGAGAACCUUCACAAUCACGCGUCCUUCGGCCUGGACUUUGUUCUCGAUGAGCCGAACGCGGACGAACUGAGUCUGGAUAACGUCAAGACGUAUUUCCACGAUCAGACCGGCCCGCUUGCGUCCACGGGUCUGGCACAGCUGACCGCGAUUCUCGCGUCUUCCUACAGCAGCAAUGACGAUCCGGACAUUCAGAUCUUCUCCGCCGGCUAUCAAGCUAUCUGCGAUACCGGCGACAGGAUACCGGACUUGCAGACGUACAGCGAAAAUCGGGUCGUCAGGUUCACCUCCGUAAAUCUUCAGACACGCAGCAGAGGUCGAAUCACGUUAGACUCGAAGGAUCCCACGCAGCCCCCGAACAUCUGGAGUAACGAACUGUCGAAACGACGAGACAGGGAUAUUAUCUACGAGGGUCUUCAGAAGAUCCUGAAGCUACCAGAAGCGGAAGCGUUGAAGAAGUACAGCAUGAAGCUGAUCGAUAAUACUGCUUCCAAGUGCAAGAAACUUGGCGAACCGACAGAGUCGAAUGCGGGGUACUGGGACUGCCAAAUUCGCUACAAGACGAGACCGGAAAACCACCAGGCUGGCACGUGCAAAAUGGGCGCAUACAACGACGUCAUGGCCGUGGUCGAUCCGCAACUCAGGGUUUACGGCAUAUCAAAUUUGAGAGUGGCCGACGCGGCCGUUAUGCCGCAGGUCAUAUCCGGUAAUCCCGUCGCUACGAUUAAUAUGAUCGGCGAGAGAGCCGCAGAUUUCAUCAAGAAGGAUUACGGUAUGUUUUGAACGACCGAACAAGGCGAUCGAGCAACAUUGGUUCGUCGUCUCCAUCGACACCAAGAAAAAAGAAUUAGGAAUAAGAUCAAUCUCUGUUCUCCCCUGAAGGGAAUUUGUAGAGAUGACGAUUUUGCGAAAUAUUGAAUAAAGACGUAAUCACGUUUUCACACGCA